GAUGACCGUCACCAACUUCGAUAUGAUGCGCCCUUGCUUUACUGGAUACCCUUUCCAAGUGACUGUGAGUGUAUGUGUAUGACUCCCGUGACAGUGUGCCUUUUUAUUUUGGUUUUUCUAUUGAGUAUUGGGCAAAUACAUUUUCAACUCAUUUUGAACUAAUCAAUUAACAAAAACAGUACAAUGACACUGACAGCAGCAAUGCACAAUUUGUUACUUGACAAAACAAUGGAUGUUUGCUCGACCGGGCAAGGGCGAGUGAACCAGCUUGGGGGUGUGUUCAUCAACGGGCGACCCUUGCCGAACCACAUUCGGCUCAAAAUUGUCGAAAUGGCUGCAGCCGGGGUGCGGCCCUGCGUUAUCUCCAGGCAGCUCAGGGUCUCACACGGCUGCGUGUCGAAAAUCCUCAACCGUUACCAGGAGACUGGAAGCAUCCGACCUGGGGUGAUCGGAGGCAGCAAGCCGAGGGUGGCAACCCCGGACGUCGAACGGAGGAUCGAGGAGUACAAAGGAGAGAACCCGGGCAUCUUCAGCUGGGAAAUUAGAGACAGAAGCCAAGCGGAUGAUGGCGUCAUAUUAAAGACUGAGGAAGGAACAAACGCGUUGAUAAAGGAAGGAUUGUGCGAUCGGGGAAACGCUCCCUCGGUCAGCGCGAUAUCCAGGCUCUUGAGAGGAAACGACGGAGACGGAGACGACAAAAAACUCCUCGAUGGAAAAGGCAGUGAGGGUUCCGACUGCGACUCCGAACCCGGAAUCCCGCUCAAGAGAAAGCAAAGGAGGAGCCGGACCACCUUCACGGCGCAGCAGCUCGACGAAUUGGAACGUGCUUUCGAACGGACGCAAUAUCCAGACAUUUACACCCGGGAGGAACUCGCUCAACGGACAAAGCUCACCGAAGCACGAAUUCAGGUUUGGUUCAGCAACAGAAGAGCACGCUUGAGGAAGCAACUUGCCAGCAAUUCCACACCUGGCUACCCGGGGAUGGGCCUCCCGAUGAGCUAUCCACCGUCAAGUACAGCACCCCCGACUUACAUGAUUCCAGAGCCAUCUUCCUUCUCGCACCCUCCACAGCUGUCAGUAAGUGAGGGUAAUGGCGGCUACGGAAGCAGCCAUGUAAUGAGUUCAAUGGAGCAAGAAAGAAGUGGAAGCCCGACGACCCACAGCUACAGCAUCAACGCCUAUCCACCGCCACCCCCGCCUUCGUCGACAGCAGCGUUGCUUUCUUCACAGAUGCAGACCCUAGGAGCCUCCGGUGGCCAUCACGUGAGCGGCGGCUCUCCAGGACUGCUGACCACUGCCAACAACGUUUAUCCAAUACCAAUCAGCCCCGGUUCCAUGCUAUCGCCCGUGCCACCGACGAGUCUUGCACUUAUGGGAACACAAACAGGUACUAGCAAUGAAAGUUUGGUGGCAAAUUCCGGUGAUAUGGUGUCACUUCACAGCCCCAACGGUGGAAAUAACAACUGGUCCGUUUUACCGCCACACCAUUCCAGUCCUGGACCACUUCUCAGCCCUGGCACCACAGGCUACAAUACAAGCUUCGUCACUUCUCAGCACCGCCCACAACCAUUUUACACGUGGUAUUGACCUUAUGCAUAUUAGGGCACAUUACAUUACAAGCUUAAUUCAACAUUUGAAAAUAAAUUAUUUCUUUAUUGACACCGAUUGUGAUUUUGUUAGUUAACGAUGGUAUUAAUUUUUAAGUUGAGUGAUUUAUGAAUAGUUUAAAAUUACAAUGUUUUAUUAUUGCAUUUUUAUUUUAAUAGGUAAAAAUUCGUACUAAAAUUGAAUUAAAUUACAGUAUUUAUAUUAUGUAUUGUAAGUUAUAUUUUUAAUUUUUACCAAAUUGAAAGCAACGUUUUAAUAUAUUUUAUAAAAUUACCUACAUACUUAGGAAUAUGCCAAAGGGAAAAAUUUAACAUCACUAUUGAAGAUUAAUGCUGAUUUUCAUUAGAAAAAAAGAUCUUUAAAAAAAUACAAUGCAAUAAAAAUUGGAAAUCUUAGUUUAUUAUUUUAUAUUUAACUUUAUCAUAAUUUCACAGCUUAUCAGUUAAUUUGUUAUUGAAAAAAUUAAUGAUAAAACUAAAUAACUUAAUUUUUGCUUUAUCCUUGUGAGUAUUGAUGUUCUACUAUCGUGUACAUAGAAUUUAAAUUAGUUUCAAUAAAUUGAAGACAAAGCGUCUUUAAGGAGGUUUGUUUAAACUGAAAUGAUUUCAAAGUCAUUCAUUUUGGAUUGAAACAAACGUUGUUACCAAAAUGAGGCCCAGUGAUUUCUCCUUCAAUUACAAAAUGCAUUUACGCGUCGAGGGGAGACUUAGGUAUAGCUAGUUCCUACACAGUGUGAGCCAUCUUUAAGAGAGCUAAGAGCAGUACUUAUUGUAAAAUAGUUGUAAUUUAAGCUGUCUCCUAAUAACAAAAAAAUUGUAAAUUAAUUUUGUCAACAAAAUGAAUUGGAUUAUGGAUGUUCUUUUUUGUCUAUGUUUUAUUUUAUUUAAGUAGUGCUUCACCUCUAUUUAUGAUUUGACAUCACCGAAUGCAUUGAUAUAUAUGUGUAAUUUUGUGCAUA